GUCUCUAAUAUUAUUUUAUAAUAUUUAUGCUUGUGUUUUGUUUUACAUCGAUCUGUAAUUGAUGUUCGACAUUUUUUAACAUAUUUUGGGAAAUUUGUAUAGAUUGUUUUUAUAUAACAAAAAUUGAUUAUUACAAAAUUAAAAAAUAACUAUGUGUGAAAUUUAUUGUGUUCUAAAUGAUUAUUCUGUAAACGUCCAUAAAUGUUAGAACGCACAUCGUACAAGUAAUCGAAGGAAUUUUAAUAGAAGAGGAUUUUAAUAUGUAAAUUGUGUAUAGUAUAAUUGAGGAUAGUAAUAUGUAAAAAUCAUUGCAACAUGUGUUUUCAAAUACUAACAAGAAGUAAAUAACGUUGAUUAAUAAAUGCCUGGAGUUUGUCCACGUUGUAAUCGCGAGGUUUACUUCGCAGAAGAGAAAUUAGCUCUUGGAAAAGUUUGGCAUACAUUUUGUUUUUCUUGUCGUAAUUGUCGAAAAUUAUUGAAUAGUUGUAACGUCGUGACGCAUUUCGGUGAAUUAUUUUGCAAGAAUUGUUACGUUCGCUUGUCUUUGUCAACUGCGAAUCAUGAAAUCAAAAAAGUACAGCACUCGCCUGUAACUUUAACAAUUUCGGCACAAGAAUCAUUAAAUUGCCAGUGUUAUGGCACAGAAAAUUCAAUCGGUAAUGCGUCACUAAAUAGAAAUCAACAUUAUCAAUCUGACAAGCAUAGACUUCGCGGUGGAGGUAGCGAAGUCGAGGAGACAAACGUUUACUUUGACAAGGAGAAAAAGCAUUUCUUAGAAAACGAGUGUGCAAAUCUAAGUGUUGUCCAUUCAAUGACAACAAUUUGCGACCCCUCACCCAGUCCUAACGCAAUUACUACGUGGUAUAAUCGUCAACAUUCUAAGUUCCGCAGUACGUUGUCUCUGGAGUCGCAGAAGAAUAACGAUAUCGCGAAAGAUUGUCGAUUUGAAGCGCAGAAACAAGAACCAGAUCAAUCUGAGCCAAAGAUUUUGUUUAGUAAUAAUGAAGUCAACAUUACAGAGGCUCAAUUAAGCAUAGACAAAUCUCAAGUGACAACUAUCAACCGGAAUAAUAAAAUUAAUAAAUACGACCCCGUGUAUGAAUUUAGUGACAUUAGCGUCGUUAUUCCGUCAAGACGAAAAUUUGCGUAUCCGCCGGUACCACCGCCUCGCAGUCCGCUGCCUUCCCGACGACGAGUUUCGUUCCAUGACGUCGUCUUCGGAAAUAUGCGCGAAAAUCACCAGAAUUGUAUCACGAAAAUGCAGGAUGCUCAUCAUAGGCUCCGUUACAAUAACGAUAAUAGGCAGGAAUAUAAUGAUACUUACGAUAUUUGGCAAGCGGACGAUUCGGUUGGUAAAAAUGACGGCGGAUACGAAAAUGUUAACGUAAAUCAUACCGAAGAUAGUGGCAGAAUGCAUUUUGAAAAAAGCGCGUCAGAGUGCGGUGAAGAAGAUACGAUAAGCAAAUGCAAUGACAUCGAGAAGAAUCGUGGGCAAGAUCGUUGCGUCAAAGGCAAUUCAGAGUCGCGCACGUACAGAAUAAUGAACGAAAAAGACGAUGCAUCGUCGAAAGAAGACAUGAUGACGUACGCUCAUCAAAGUGGCCCGAACUCAUCACUUGAUGAAAACGAACGAAUGCGGGGAGGAUGCGGUGGACCGUGCGGACCUCGUCUUAGACCUUCGUGUGGAACAACAAAAGUUGAAACUACUUGUCUUUGCAGAAGAGACCCAUCAGAACAAUGUCGCACAGCUGUAACGUCCUGUACAACCUGUUCAUCCAAUGUUCAACCAGUUAUUGAGAGACGUUGUUGUUGUUUAUCAUCGCUUGAACGGCCAAUUUGCAAGAAACCGAUUUUUAGAUGCCGUCAACCGUGCACUGUAGAAUCUCAAAGUUGUGGUGGAGGUGGAUGUUGUGGAGGAGGAUGUCGUGGUGGUUGUGGAAAACCUGGACAAACGUGUUUACCUGCGAAAUCUUGCGUGGUACCACCUUGUCGACCGUGUUCACCUUGUUCUCCACCACGAUCGUGUCCUCCUCAAGUAAUUUGUUGUUGUGGUCCAAAAAGUGGAAAUUGUUGUGGAAAUGGAGGUAGCACAUGCUGCUGCCGGUCAAAAAGUCCAAUAUGUCGAGUAAGAACCAGAAGGUGUUGUAGUACCGACAGAGCAGAUCCCAUUGACCUAGGAUGUUGCCGACCGAAAACUGCAUGCGAUUGUUUUGGCGGAGGCCUUGAUUGUCAGCGCUGUGGCCGAAAAGUGUAUCAAGCUGAAAUGCAGAUUGUGUCUGGUAUACCGUUCCAUAAUACAUGCUUCAGCUGCUAUUGCUGCAGAAAACCCUUGGAACCCUUAACGUAUCAGGAGAAUUGUGGGGAAAUUUAUUGCAAACAAUGUUACGUUCGAAAUUUCGGACCUCAAGGAUACGGAUAUGGUGUGGGUCCAGGUACAUUACAGACUCCCAUGUAGAGUUAUUAUACAAGAUUAAUAAACCUCAUUGAUUGAAAACUUUAGCUAUAGAUAAUUUAAAAAUGAUAAUUUUUAGUUAAUAGUUUAUAAAGAGUGUGUUUUCUUAUAAACAUAUAUACGUAUAUAUAUAUUAUAGUUCCUGAUUUUGAGCGUAUAUUGAAAAUACACGUGUACACGUGUACUUAGAUAAAAAAAACAGGAUAUAUGGUUUAAUGAAAGAGUAUCACUUUCGUUCCAUUCAAGUUUGAAACGUCCCGAAUUUUCCGAAAUUAUAGUUUUUUUAAAAAUAUACCUUAGUACUUCAAACGAAUAUCGUCAGAAAAUUCAUGCAAUAAUGAAAAUGUUACUGGACUAUCACAAAUUAUUUACUUAUUUGCAUAUCUAAACAUUCUGAUAUUUAAUUAAAAAUGAAAUAUGGAUUAAUACAUGUGAAAUUAUAUAAUUUCUAUACACGUGUAUCCGUGAAAGUCAGUACACGGAUGCAUGUACAGAUAUUACGAUCUGUAUAUUUCAAUACCCAUAUACCCGUGUAUUGAGAAGUACACAGAUUAAAACACGGAGAUAUUAACUAUAUGUGUACACGUAUAUUUUAGGUACACGUGAAAUCAAGAUCUCUAAUAUAUAAUAAAUAAUAAAUAAAUAAAUAAACAGAUAAAUAAAUAUAUAUAUAUUUAUUUAUAAAUAUAAUUAUAAUUAUAAUUUACAAAACAAUUUACACUACUUUACUUCUUUAAUAUUGAUCUAAAUUACAAGUCAAAAUGGAUUGCUAUGUUGUACAAGGAUCCUGAAAAACAUUAGGAAACUUGUCAUAACCAGUAAGUUUGUAACAAUAAUAAAAGGAUUUAAGUUAGUAUAAAAUAAAGAAUAUGGAAAUUGCGACCAGAAAGGAAAAUCAGAAGAAAAGAAAGUUAAUCGUAAGAGUACUGUGGCAAAGUCGAUGUCUUCCGCUAGAACAAAAGGCGUCAGAGAAAGCACGAAUAAUAUCUCGAGUUCCACGCAGCUAUUUCAAGAAUAAUACGAGUGUAUCUACGGAUUGGCGAAAGUAUAAAGCAGGAUAAGCAGAAUGGUUACUUCUUCGUGAAAAAUAGAAACACACAAGGAAGAUCAUACACUUCGCAAAACUGGGAAGAAAGAGAAAUAAGACGAUUUGACGGGUAGUUUUAUUGAUAAAAAUAAAAAAGAGAUAUGUAGCAAGAAAGCAAGGAACAGAGUUGGAUUCUGUAAAAAUGCAGUGAACGAAGGAAAAGAAAAGAUACGAGGGAGAAAGGGAAAAAGAGAAUGGGAAAGAGAAAAAGAUGAAGGAAGAAAGAGAGUGAGUGGUUGGUUUAUUGAGUCUCUCCUCUUAGUGGAUUGCAGAACGCGGAACGUACGCGGCACUGCUGGCUAGAGGGGCGUUUAUAUAGCUUUCAAGCGCAGGAGCUUAAUCUAAUUUCAAAUAUAAAUCUGUUCUCUCUCCCCGUUUUCCUUCUCUUUCUCUUUCCGCCUUCGUUUCCUUCCUUCGACCGACCCCCCAUCCAUAUAGCAGCGUGCUCGCCGGCUUAUAUUAUCCAGCUGGCUACGAAUAAUCUCUUUCGCUUUACCUAUUAACGUUACGAGACACGCCGAUUUACUCGACUUUGGUGAAUUAUUAGCCAGAAAGUGGAACACGCCUCGUCUGUCGCGAUAAGCACAUAUGCAAUUUAUUAAAAUAUUUAGUUUUACUUAAUGUGAAAACUAAUAGAUGUAUUAACAAACAUUUUAGUCUUCUUUAAGUUUUAGUUUCAUUUCAUCGAG